UGGGUUUGCGUAUCUCACCAAACCAUUCCUCAGCGUGCAGCGGCGCCGCGCCUCGUCUCGCAGCCGAGUAUAUUUUGGCACGACGAGCCCGUGAAGCCCACCACCUCCCCUUCUUCGCUUCCCCUGCCUUCUCGAUGCCGUUCCUGAGCCCCCUUGCCGCCUCCGGCGACGACGCCGACGACUACUACUACCACUACGACGCCGGGUACCGCCGCGCCAGCACCACCGGCGGCGGGAAGAGCGCCAAGAAGGACAAGGGCAUCUUCUCUUGCCUCCCCUGCUUCAACCCUUGCUCUCCCGGGGCAGUGGACCCUAUGGCGCACCGCCGUCUCCUCUCCUCCGACUCCAGCGACAGCGACAACGUCGCCGCCGCCGACAUCACCGCCGACCUCGCCCGCCUCCGCCUGCGCUACUCCCGCCUCGCCGCCGGCCCGCCCGUCCGCCCGCGUGACGUCCCGGGCCUCGUCGCCCGCCCCGACGACACGCCGCUGGCCGUCGCCGCGCUCUCCUGGCUCGGCGGCGAUCUCCGCCCUUCCUGCAUCCUCCGCACCAUCCUCCCGGCGCUCUUCCCCUCCCUCCCCGAGGACGCCCGCCGCGCGCUCGUCGCCGCCGCGCGCCACCUCCAGCCCCGCGAGGCCGCGCUGGACGGCGAGGUCGCCGAGUACCAGUCCACCUACGCCAUGAAGCUGGCCUGCGAGAAGACCAAGGACGGGGUCGCCGAGACGGCGGCCGAGGAGGCCUGCAAGAUGGCGCGCGCGGCUCGCCGGGCCGACAAAUUGCGGUGGCGCGCCGUCCAGGCCGCCGUGCAGGUGCUCGAGCCGGCGCAGGCCAAGGAGUUCCUCAAGGCCGUCGAUGACGUCGCCGCCAAGGUGGGCCGCCACGGCGCCAGGUGGCACAUGCGCGCCGGCCCCCUCUCGGUGCCCGUCGAAGCAUUCGAGCGCAUGCGAACCAAUGCCAGAGCUGCCACAGAUGAUGCCUGGUGACCGCAUUCAAGCCUGUUCUGAUCUUAGAGGAUUGUUCCUGACUAUUGUUGGCUGCUGAUGAAUCUCUUUGCGAGCUACUCCAGUGUUCAAGUGCUGCCCGGUGAGCUUGAGGUGGUUUUACUUGACUAGGACUUGAGUGCUGCAUGAUUUGCUUCGUUCUUUUCAGUGCUGCAUCAUAGCAUGUUCACUUCAAGAGGAUUAUAUCUGAAUUUGACAUAACUCUCGUGGAAUCGUGUCCAUGGAUGGGUGAUGCCUGCGUGACAGAUUUGAAGGAAUCAUAUAUCAAUCUCAUGCUGUUUCAGACAGAAGAGGAGAGCCCCUUUUUAAUGAAUUUUGACUGUGUCAUGUUGUUUUCUCAGCCCUUUGGGGAAGGUCCUUUCUGAAUUCAGUCUACAGAGAAGCUGGCUUAGGACAAGUAUGGGUAUGUAUGUAUAUAGUGAAAUGAAGAGAUUAUCAGGUGCACAGCAUAUCUGGUUUCCAUCAAAUGUGCAUUGAAGGUUUGGAUGAUAAGCUAGGAUCAGUUCGUCAGACUGAGCAGUGUCAUGUGUGUUUUUAACAUGGAUAUGUGAAUCUUAUGUGGGCUAUUACGGUUCCUCACUUUAUGGUGGUUCUGGUCACAAGUACACGAGGCCUCCCCGUGGCUCAGAAGCUUCUGGAAGUAAUGGUUGUCCAGCACGCUCCUGGAGAGGCUCUUCAGGUCGGCGGCCAUGGUGGCAUCCAGGUCAGGUCAGGUGGGCUUAACUUGUCGCUGAACAACACGCACUGAGCUCGCUUGAUUGUGCGUGUCCUCGUCAUUUUAGGAUGUAGACCAUUCGUUGUGACUAGUGUAGCCUGAUCAUGGAUGAAGUGGUUGUGAGUUGUGACAGCGAAAGAAGAUUUUGCUCCUAAUUCGGUUUGGUGUAAUUGACAACAUGGUUAGAGAACUAACCAUGAUUGCUAGUAUAUGAUCACGCUAUGAGUAUAAAGGUUAAAA